ACUCGUUUGCAAGCUGGACAAGGAUAUGGAAAUACACUCAACUGUGUUCUCACUGUGUACAGAAAUGAGUCUGUGGCCGGCUUCUUCAAAGGCAUGUCCUUCCCGCUGGCCAGCAUCGCCGUCUACAGCUCCGUGGUGUUCGGCGUCUUCAGCAACACACAGCGGCUCCUCAGCCAGCUCCGCCACGGAGACCCAUCUCACGCGCCGGCGCUUGCUGACGUGGCUCUGGCCAGCAUGGUGGCAGGCUUCAUCUCCGUGGGCAUCGGCACUCCCGUGGACCUGGUAAAGAUAAGGCUACAGCUGCAAACGCAGCCGUACAUCAAAGCAAACAUUAAACUAAAGCCCACAGUUCCUGGAUUUCCUGUGUACCGAGGCCCAAUUCACUGCUUUAGGACAGUCCUACAGAAAGAGGGGAUAGCGGGAAUGUACCGAGGCGCGGGAGCAAUGCUGCUGAGGGAUGUUCCUGGGUACUGCCUCUAUUUCAUCCCUUACACAUUUUUCUGUGGAUGGAUUACCCCUGACGGAUGCAUUUCCCCUAAUCCCUCCUCCAUCUGGCUGGCGGGGGGUGUAGCAGGAGCCAUUUCCUGGGGGACUGCUACUCCAAUGGACGUUGUGAAAAGUCGACUUCAGGCAGAUGGAGUUUAUUUAAACAAGUACAAAGGGACCCUUGACUGUAUCUUGCAGAGCUACCAGAACGAGGGCUUAAAAGUCUUUUUUAGGGGCAUCACGGUCAAUGCAGUGCGAGGAUUCCCAAUGAGUUCAGCCAUGUUUCUUGGCUAUGAACUUUCCCUCAAAGCAAUGAAAAGAGACCAAACUGAGACCAAUCCUUAA